CAGCAGUUGAAGCUCUGGCAGCUUUGUUGAAAUCAAAGUCGAAUAGCCGCCGAGCCGUGAACAGAGGCUAUAUUCAUAAACUGCUCCGGCUGUACCAGGACUGGCAUCACCACGAUACUUCCAACAGUUAUGUCCACAUCCGGAGGGGUCUCCUGCUUUGCCUCAAGCACAUCACCAAUGUUCGGUCUGGCAGAGAAGCGUUCCUCCUCGCACGUGGCAUGGAGACUCUCUUUCAAACAACCCAGGACUACUUGGGCAGCAAGAGUCUGGAUCCAAUAGUCAAUACGGUGAUUCAGAUCCUGAGGAAAACCUACCCUAAGACGCCACUUCCUUCAGCUACUCUCAGCAGCUCCUAUUCCUUUCCCAUCCCUGGGGCAACUGGACCUUCACAUCCAAAGUCUGAAGAUGACUGUGAUUAUGAUGUUGAAGAAGAAAUCGAGAAGGACAUAGAGAAUGAGGAUGUGGAGAAUAAGGAGGAAGAUGAUGACUUAGAGACAGAUGUUGAAAAGCUCAUGUCAAAACCAGAUCUUGACCGGCCUGAAUCAGAACUCAAACAAUAUGAGGCCAUGUGUCCAGAACUUUGCUGCAACUUUCUGGAGUUGGAAUCAGAGUCUGAAGAUGAGCUAAACUCUGAGGAUGUUCCUGGGAUCCUGACGGGCUCCUGCCUCCACGUCAUUCCAAACGCUGCUCCCCCAAAGCACCAGCUCGAAUGCAGAGAAAAGGACCAAAUCACUGAAGAUGGAAAACUGCCCCAAAGGGCUUCUGGAGUUCCAGUACAGAGCUGGGUGAAAAAAGAGAAUCCGUCUCAAGAACUUGAGAAAGAGGCUUGUGAUGAGUCCAAGCCUUUGGAGGGUUUCUUCAGAGAUGGCGACAGCCCAGACAAAGGCUGUGCAACCACUCUGCACACUCUUCCCAAGGACAUAUUGAGGAACAGAACAACUUCUCAGCCUCAGCAUAUGAACUCCUGCAGGCCCAGUUGCCAAAAGAGAGUGGAGGCUUCUGAGGUUGUGAGAAAGCUUUUGGAGAGACAUCCGGGGAAUAUCCCUUUUCACAACCCCCGCUUCUACAUGGCAAGGGCUGGCUCCACACAGUCCAUUCCAGACUACAGAGUGUUGGCAUUCCCAGAUUUCUGGGGUCACCAACCAUGUCCUUAUAGCCAGUCUGUUCAGCAGAGGAGAUAUGGCAUCCAAAAGGCCAAAAUAUUUGAUGACAUCCGUCGUGUCAUCCAGCCAGCUGAUAUACUCAAUCGAGUUGUCUUUGACUUGGAUAGCUCCAGCUCCUUGAGCUCGGAUGCUCCAGAAUGCCUGAAGUUCUUCUCCAAAUUUGAAUCUGGAAACCUACGCAAGGCUAUCCAAAUACGAGAGUUUGAGUAUGACUUGAUCCUCAACCCUGAUGUCAACAGCUGCCAGCAUCACCAGUGGUUCUACUUUGAGGUCAGUGCCAUGAAGUCAGCUACACCCUAUCGCUUCAACAUCAUCAACUGUGAGAAGCCUAACAGCCAGUUUAAUUUUGGCAUGCAACCGGUCAUGUAUUCAGUGAAGGAAGCUCUCCAGGGCAGACCUCACUGGAUUCGGGUGGGCUAUGAUAUCUGUUAUUACAAAAACCACUACCAAAAUUGCACAGUGGCUACAGCUUCAGGAAAAACCCAUGGGAAAUCCUGCUACACACUUACUUUCAGCAUUGUUUUCCCUCAUAAGGAAGAUGUCUGCUACCUGGCAUACCAUUAUCCCUACACCUACUCUGCUAUGAUGUCUCAUCUUGACAUCCUGGAGCAAGCCAGGAAUGCAAAGAAAGUCUUCUUCAGGAGGCAGACUCUGUGCCACACUCUGGGAGGAAACCCCUGUCCCCUGUUGACAAUCACAGCCAUGCCUGAGUCAGAAAGCAGCGAUGACCUGGAGCAGUUCCGUGACCGUCCUUAUGUGGUGCUCAUGGCAAGGGUCCACCCGGGUGAGAGCAAUGCCAGCUGGGUAAUGAAGGGGACACUUGAGUUCCUGCUCAGCAGUGACCCCAUUGCAGAUCUCCUGAGGCAAUGCUUCAUCUUCAAGGUCAUCCCCAUGCUGAAUCCAGAUGGAGUCAUCAAUGGCAACCAACGAUGCUCCUUAAGUGCGGAUGACUUGAAUAGGCGAUGGCUGAAUCCCAGUCCAGCAUGCCAGCCCACCAUUUACCACACAAAGGGCCUCCUUUACUAUCUCAGUACUCAAGGCCGAACUCCAGUGGUGUUUUGCGACUACCACGGCCAUUCCCAGAAGAAGAAUGCAUUUCUAUACGGAUGCAGUAUAAAGGAGACCUUGUGGCAGGCGGGACGUACUGUUGAUACGACUGUUGUCACCGAGGAUGUUGGAUACCGGACCCUGCCAAAGAUCUUGGACAAAGUAGCUCCUGUAUUUCUCAUGAGCAGCUGCAGCUUCCUGGUAGAGAAGUCACGUGACUCGACAGCCCGCGUGGUGGUUUGGCGGGAAAUAGGAGUGCAGAGGAGCUACACCAUGGAAAGCACUUACUGUGGAUGCAGCCAUGGCCUCUACAAGGGUCUACAAAUAGGGACUUGGGAACUGGAGGAGAUGGGAGCCAAGUUUUGCCUUGGGCUCCUCAUCCUGCAGCUGAAAUCCCUGCCUUGCAGCAAGAAGGUGAUGGCACAAGCAACAGCUCUGCUGGACGUGGAAGAGGAAAUCACAGACCUCCGAGCCCAAAGAAGCAGCAGCAGCAACGGCAACCUGGAGACGGACGAUGAACUUCCCUUUGGGGAUGAAGUGGAUUAUAACACAGACAGCUGCUCUGACCAGGAAGGAGACUUUUCAGAGCUGGACAAAGAGAUCUAGGAGUAUCGCUCCAGGGCUGAAGGAGUCAAAGAAGAAUCAGAAGCCAAUAGAGGAAAGAUGUAUGACACUGACACACACACACACGUCACAUGGAGGACUUUCUACAUCUUGAGUCAGCCCAAGCAGCCAGCUUCUCCCAUUGCUGUCAAUAAUGCUUGGGGUCUUCAGCUGACUGGAGAGCAGGCCCAAGCCAUCAAUCCUCAAGCAAUGAGCAGGCAGCUCACAGCUUGCAUCUGCUUCUUAUGUGGUGACAGUUCCAAUCCCAGAUGUCUUGCCCUGUUUGCACUUCCAAAAUAGAUCUCUCUGUUCUUCUUCUUUUUGCUAUUGAAACUAUUAUCUAGAUUCCAUAGAAAGAGGGAGAGAUUCCUUGUAUUGUACUGAUAUAUCUCUAUAGCAAUGUGUGAGCACCAGUUAGCCAAAAGUGGAGGAUGCAUGACGGAUGGUGCUUUUCUUUUGCAGUGUUUUCUGCUCAGUAGUUUGUUUUUCUGUCUUCUCUCUCACACACAUACAAUUUUAUUGACUGAGUUGGUGGAGGAACUCUUCUUGAGCAUAAGGGUGAAGAUUUUCAACUGACCCACUUCCUUUUCUUAUCCCUGUGCAUAAAGGCAACAGUAUCAGACCCAGUUCCAAUUCCACUGGGAGUCUAGCAAGGUGGACCAGAGCUAAGUAUAAGGGAGCUACAUGUCCUACCUUUACAGAGCAGAGUCCCCUUUUGGAAGGAGUCCUCUUCUUGAAGGGCUGCCUAGUCCACAUUUGUCUUAAACAUAAAUAACCCUGAUAAGGGAGAGCAACAGGGGCCUUGAAGUUGCCCAUCAACAUUUAGGAGCAUCCGGAAAGCAGACUAAGCAGGCAGUUCACCUGUCCAUCCUUUCCCCCACUAUGGUGAGAUACAUUUCUGUUUAAGUUAGCUUUGGCAUUUAUUUCUCAGGCUAGGGUGAUCAUAAGUCCAUCUAAACAGAGAGCAGUCCUCUCUUUUAAACGCUUUCAGGGGCUAGCCCUCCACUGGAAGAUGUUGACUGUUUGAAGGACUGACUCAUCUAAGUUCAGUUUAAAUAUCAAGACUGGAGAUCAGGAAGAGCAUUAAAAUUGCCGUCAACGUUGAGACUGAUCAGGCAGGUACAUGGACCACCUGGAGUCACAAUCUUCCCCACUAGGACGAAAUGUAUGUUUUUGCUCUAUUUAAAUUAUAGCAGUUAUUUAUAGAUUUGCAGCUAUAUGUAUAAAAGAGUGUUUGCAAUUCAGUUGUCCAUUUCAUCCUCUUUUUUGACGAUAUAUGUAAGAGGUGCUGUGAGGUCAGGCAAAGGGCCAGCAGAGCUGGAAGCUGGAACUAAGCUGCGGUAUUUAUCAUUACUUGUUUAUUCAUCAUUACUCAUUUGCUUUGGCACUCCCCCACUCCCCCGGGGCUCCAGAACAUGCCAAAUUUGGUGAUGAUUUCUCAAGAGGUGCCUGAGCACACAAAAAGCAGACAGACAACCUUCCCAAAAUUCCUAGGAAAUGCCAUUUGAGGAGCGAACCACCUGGUGACGUCCUUAUCUCCUGCAUGUGCCAGCUCCUCCUGGUUCCAUCAGUCCUUGUUCUGAACCUCCACCAUUUGAGAGCCUUCCUCCUACUAGGAAGGCACUAA